AUGGAUCCUGUUAUUACUGGUGCUGCUGCCAACGUUGCUUCGGAGGCUGCGAAAGGCAUCUUCCAUGAAGUUAAGCGUCAUAUGAGAUAUGUAUUCAUCUGCAAGAAAAAUGUUGAUAAGUUCGAGGAGAAAUUAAAGUCGUUGAUAGCAAAAAGAACAAGUGUUCAGCAAGAGGUUGAUGCUGCAAACAGGAAUGGGGAGAAGAUAAAAGCCGACGUCGAGCAUUGGCGAAAGACAGUGGACAAGGUAAUCAAUGAAGAGGACAAGAGGGUGAAAGAUCUUGAAGAAAAAGCAAAGAACAAGUGCUUCAUCGGCUUGUGUCCCAAUCUCAAGUCUCGCUACCAGCUAAGCAGGACAGCAGAAGAUGGUGCCGCGACCGUUGAUGACCUCAUCGGGCAAUGUCAAUUGAACGGAGUGGGAUACCUUGAUGUUCCACAAGCUAUAGUGGAUGCAUCUCCUAAUGGCUUUGAGACCUUCAAAUCAAGAGAGAAGGUUUUCAACGAUAUCAUGGAGGCAAUGAAAGAUGCUACUAUCAGCAUGAUAGGGGUGUACGGGAUGCCUGGCGUGGGCAAGACAUCACUAGUCAAUGAAGUUGCCACACAAGUUCAAGAGGUUAAGUUGUUUGAUUCGGUGGUUACCGUAACUGUAGCUCAAACUCCUGACAUUCAGAAAAUUCAAGAAAAUAUUGCAGAGUUAUUGGGUUUAAGACUAGAUGAUAAAAGUACAGAUGUAAGAGCUCGUAGAUUACACGAAAGGUUGAAGAAAGAGAAGACGGUUCUUGUUGUUUUAGAUGAUAUUUGGAAGAGACUGGAUUUGAGGGAAGUCGGAAUUCCAUUUGGAAGCCAACACAAGGGAUGCAAGAUAUUGUUGACGUCAAGAGAUCAAAAUGUUCUCUCCAAUGAAAUGGAUGCUGACAAAACUUUUGCAAUUGAUGAUUUAGACGAUGAAGAAGCUUGGGACUUGUUUAGGAAGAUGGCUGGGGCCGACAGUGUUGAAAGUGCUGAGUUGCGAUCUACAGCAAUUGAGGUAGCAAAAAAAUGUGCAAGAUUACCGUUGGCCAUUGCAACAGUUGCGAGGGCAUUGAGAAAUAAAGGUUUGUUUGUUUGGAAGGAUGCUUUACGGCAACUACAGAAGCCUUCCUCAAGAAACUUCACUGGGAUAUCCGCAGAUGUAUAUUCAGCUAUAGAGUUGAGUUACAAUCAUUUAGAAAAUGAAGAACUCAAACAGGCUUUUCUACUUUGUAGUCUACUACAUCGUGAUGCAAGCAUUGAGGACUUGUUGAAAUAUGCCAUUGGUUUGGGUGUAAUUAAAGGUGUUGACACCAUGGAGGAAGCACGAAAUAGCUUGUUAACAAUGGUGAGUAAGCUCAAAACCUCUUGUUUGUUGCUUGGUAGUACCAAUAACGAGUACUUUAAUGUGCACGAUCUUGUUUAUGAUGUUGCCAUGUUAAUCGCUUCUGAGGACAAUUACGUCUUUGCACCUAAGGAGGAUGUGCUGAAAGAUUGGCCUGAUGAAGAGACAAUGAAAAAGUGCAAAAUGAUUCAUUUGGGAUUUUCUGGUAUUACAGAGCUUCCUGACGAGUUGAAUUGCCCACACCUAGUUUAUUUUCAUGUCUUUGGCGAGUAUGGUGUCUUAUCAAAUUUACUUAGAUUAGAAGAAUUAUAUAUGAUGGGCACUUGCAUUCAGUGGGAAGUAGAGGGACAUGCCAAUCACCGAAGCAACGCUAGUCUUGCUGAAUUGAAGAAUUUGUCUCGUUUGACUGCUUUGGAGGUUAAAAUUCUUGAUGUCACGGCCAUGUCAGGGGGCUUGUUCUUUGAAGAGUUGCAAAAGUUGGAAAGAUACAAGAUUUUGGUAGGAAUUGAAGACAGCAUGUGGUUUGAAGCAUAUGAGUGUGAGCAUGAGUAUUCAAGGACUCUGUUACUCUCGUUAAGUAGAACUACUUAUCAUUUGGAUAAUGGAAUUAAGAUGCUUUUGAAGAAGACUGAAGCUCUAUAUUUGGUUGGAGAUCCCUGCAAAGAUAAUUUAAUGAUAAAAUAUAUCUUCAAUGAUAAUGGUGCAGCUGAUAAAAUUGAAUUUGCUGAAUUGCGAUAUUUGUCAUUUCGAAAGCUACCACAUCUUAUUAGCUUUUGCUCUGAAGACAAGAGCGCCUCUACAUCAAUGCCUCAACAUGAGUUGCCUCUUUUCAGUGAAAGGUCAACAUCCUGA